AGCUCAAGCUGAUUCAGGUAGCUGUAGCUCUCUAUUUUAUAUUUGACCUAUGCCGACAUGCUUGGACCCCUUCGUCAAGCGCGGUUCCUGCGGCCUUCUUGGGCCCCUUCUUGGGCCCCACGUCCACCGUUCUGCGCGCAGCAGGGUUGGUGGGGGCGAAGUGUUUCCAGCGGUGGAAGCAGCUCCAGCACUGCUAAUCCGGAACGGAUGGGCACCUGUGCAGAGUUAGGCUGUGGCCCAUCAGCAUUGUCUGGACAUUCCAAGUCAGGUGAUGUCUUGGGGCUUACUAAUGAGAAGAAGACCUUGUCAGGCAAUGUGAAGCCUCCAGUGGUGGUACCAGGGGACGAGUUUGCCACGAACCUUCAAUCUGCUGAAAUGAUGUUGAGUGAACGCAGAUUUGGAGAAGCUUGGGGCUUCAGCACUCGUGCUUUGUUGGUGCACAGCUCUGGCCGUGGUCGUCGCAUCAAGCCUUGGGAACGAGCGAUUUGCUACUUACUGCGAGCUGAGGCCUUGUUGGAUAUGGGCGCCCCGCGCCGAGCCCUAACGGAAUUGCACCCGGCGAAGGAGUUGCUAGAACGUGGCCGACAGGGAUGGCCCACGGAAGCCUUGAAGCGGAUCGAGGAGGCAGAUGCAAGGUACCAUGCACGGAAGGAGGAGAAUGAUCAGCAGCGCAUUGAAAAAGAGAAUGCCAAAGUGCCUGUUACAGUGAUCACCGGCUUCUUGGGAAGUGGCAAGACCACCUUGCUCAACAGGAUCUUGCGUGAACAACAUGGCAAGCGCAUCGCCGUGAUUGAGAACGAAUUUGGUGAGGUGGGAAUUGAUUCCAUGCUGGUGGAGCAAGCGGAACGCACCACCGAGACCAUCGUUGAAAUGAACAACGGCUGCAUUUGCUGCACCUUACGUGGCGAUUUCAUUGAAGGAAUGCAGAAGGUGCUGAAAGAUGUUCGAGCUCGUGGCAGUCACCUGGACAGUGUCUUUAUUGAGACAACUGGCUUAGCCGAUCCUUCACCGAUUGCUUCCACAUUCUUCUUGGAUCCAUUCAUGCAAGAGAAUUAUCGUUUGGACUCCAUCCUGGGUGUUUGCGAUGCCAAGCACUUGUUGUCCCAAUUGGAGGCCAAGCGUGAGAAGUCCUGUGUCAAUGAAGCCUCCGAACAAGUGGCCUUUUCCGAUCGCUUGCUGUUGACGAAAACGGAUUUGUGCAGCGAGAUGGAAAUCAAUGGAGUGCUGCAGCAUUUGACACUGGGUCAUGGUUUGGAUAUGUGUUUUCCUUUCAGUUGUUUGUGUUUUUAAUGUUGGAGGUAUGUUAUACUAGUUUAUGAUAUUUUAUGCAAGAUUGUGUAAUGUUUUUGAUUGGUGCAGUUGUUGUUUGUUCCAGCCGUACUUGUGAAUGCUUCCUAUAUAUAUAUAUAUCUUUGAGGACUGUUGUAGUCACCCAAUCGCCAGCGCAGGAAGCGUUUGAAUCCCUUUGCGCAGGUUUUACCUUUGAACCUUAAAGAUGUCGAAACGCCACUUCCAGUGGAGCAGUUGUGUGAUGUGAAGGCCUUUUCCCUGGACAAAGCACUGGACUUCGAUGCCACCUUCCUGGAGGAAGAUGACCACACACAUGACGGCACGAUCCAAGCCUUGGGGGUGAAGUUAAAUGGUGUUCUUCACCAAGAGAAGCUCAACGUUUUCUUUGCUGCGGUCUUGAAACGCUAUCCGAAGGAGAUGUAUCGAAUGAAAGGUAUCUUGGAUGUGAAAGGCAUUCCUGAGCGUUACAUCUUUCACGCGGUGAACUGUCAUUUCGGUGGGAUGCCACAAGGCUCGUGGCCAACGGAGGAACGGCAGAGCAAGGCAGUGUUCAUUGGCAAGGGGAUUGAUCAUGCUUGGCUGGUGGAGGGUCUCAGAAAUUGCUUUGUCGAUCCCAAAGAAGGCUUCUUGGAGAGCAACGUCAAGUCCGCACAUGAGUGAAUUGAAGAUGCGACGCGCAAAUGUCUACUAAAUAAUGUUUCUUCACACUUUGUGUACAAAGAUCAAUUACGAUGGAGAUGCCAGAAUGUCGUUGCAGACGACUACAUCAAUAUCAUCAAUGAGAGUGGUGUGGACGCUUAGAAGUUUUGUUGGCGAUGCGAGGGGUGGCUUCAAAGACACAGCGUGGGUGCAUUUUUCAAGAGAGCAA